AUGUUGAAGCAGCCCGGGCACUUCACGUCCAUGAAAAAAGAGUUGGGGGAUUGUACUAAGCGCUUGAGCUUGUGCUUCCGUUUUUCCUCGCUCGCCGAGGGGUGGAGGAGGUCGCGCACCAUGGUUUUUGGUGGCGAUGCGCUCCUGGGGACCUGUGUGGGAGAUACGGGUCUGCUGGCGGCUCGGGCGGGCGGCGCGGUCUCUCGGGCGUCUUCCUGGCUGCUCUUGGCGGCUCGGCGGGCGGAGAAGUCUCUCGAGACUGAAGCCGCGGGCCGCGGCGCGCUCCGACGCUUUUGCGUCUUUGCGGCGGCCAGCGCUCGCCGUGGGGCACGGCCUCUGGGCCGCGGGCGCCCGCGCGCCGCCUUUUUUGAGCUGCUGAAGAGCUGUCUCCAAAAGCUGGUGCUCGCCGGUGCGACGACGGCAGAGUCCGCGCUUGCGCCAGCAGUCCGUUCGGCUGAAGUUCGAAGCGAUGCGCGGUUGAUAUUAGCUCAGGUGUCCACCUUGACUGCGUAGAGCGGGUGUCUAUUUUUGUCCUCGCUGACUUUGGCGGUCUAGAGCCUCCAGCCUCAGACCACCGCAAGCGUCGCUCGCGCUCGUUGCCGACGUCGUCUUCGACCGCCUCGCGGCGUGA